CAAUUAAUAUUAACAUAUUACAUCGUCUUCAUCAGAUCUGGUUCUCCUUUAUAUAUGUAUGUAUCUCCUUCCUCUUAUGUCUGCUCAGUGCUUUUGGUUCUUCGUUUAAUCGGUCGAAUUUAUUUCUUUUUUGUGCAUCUUCGGUAUAUUUGAGCGAACUGAAUUUGGGGGAUUUUUGCUUCUUAUUUUUUGGGGCCUAAAGCCACUGCUUUAGGAUUGAGCCGCCCUUGCUUGUAAAACUUGAAAAGGAACCCUAAUUUUGCAUUCUGGUUUGUAGCUUUUGUUAAGUAGAUAUUUGCUAUGAAUAACAAUAAUCCAGUCAAGAAUGUUAGUUUAGGAAAUUCUGGGCCAAUGCAAAUUCCUCAAUCUAUACCGAUAAACCAUAAUCAACCAGCAACGCGUCACUUUUCCCAAUCACCAGCACAACGUGCUUCCCACUUCCCUGGUCAUUUUCAAUUAUCUGAAUCACGCUCUCAUGCCCAAUUCCAAGGUCAAGCACAGGCCUUUAGCCAUUACAUCACUUCAGGGGUUAACACCAAUGUUGGUGUCUCAUCCCCUACACCCAAUACAGCUUCUGGGGGUGCUAGAAAAGUGCUCCAUAGACCACCUUCUCGUACCGUUGGUUCCUCUAGCCAUGGCCAAGCAACUGCUUCACCUUUAAAGACCAUGGAAUUAACCCCUGCUGUGCGCAGGAAGAAGCGCAAAGUUUCUGAUAAGUUUAUACCUGAUAAGGUGGUUGCGAGCUUCCCUGAGUCAGCACUUUACUCUCAGUUGCUUGAAAUUGAGGGUCGCGUUGAUGCUGUUCUUUGUAGAAAGAAGAUUGACAUGUUGGAAUCCCUUAAGAGUCCUCCGCGUUUCCAAAAAACCCUUAGAAUUUAUGUAUUCAACACUUUUGCGAAUCAGACACCAACUAAUCCUGAUAGCAUUACUGCUGAGCCAGCUUCAUGGUCUCUUAAGAUUAUCGGGAGGAUCUUGGAGGGUGGGCCGGGUCCUCUAGCAUCUGAAAGGGAGCAGAAAUUGGGUGUUUCUUGCCCAAAGUUUUCAUCUUUCUUCAAGAAAGUAACAGUUUACUUGGAUCAGAGUCUUUAUCCUGAUAACCAUGUAAUUUUGUGGGAUAGUUCUCGAUCACCAGCACUUCAUGAGGGUUUUGAGAUUAAGAGAAAAGGGGAUAAGGAGCUUACUGCAAUCAUCAGACUGGAAAUGAAUUAUAUGCCUGAGAAAUUUAAACUAUCACCAGCUUUGCAAGAGGUUCUUGGUAUUGAGGUUGAGACACGAGCUAGAGUUUUAGCUGCUCUAUGGUACUACAUAAAAACUAGAAAGCUACAGAUAUCCCAUGAAACCUCCUCGUUCACUUGUGAUCCUCCUCUGAGGAAGAUUUUUGGAGAAGAAAAGAUGAAAUUUUCCCUGGUUUCCCAAAAGAUCAAUCCGCAUCUGACUGCCCCUCAACCUAUUCACUUGGAGCACAGGAUUAAACUAUCUGGUAGUAGCCCAGCUGGGAACACUUGUUAUGAUGUACUGGUUGAUGUUCCCUUCACAUUGCCGAAGGAAUUGUCCACAUUCUUAUCUGAUUUAGAGAAGAACAAGGAGAUUGAUGCAUAUGAUGAAACUAUUUCCACUGCUGUAAAGAAAAUCCAUGAACAUCAGAGAAGGCGAGCUUUCUUCCUGGGAUUUAGUCAGUCACCUACCGAUUUUGUUAAUGCAUUAGUUGCAUCUCAAGCCAGGGAUCUUAAGCUUGUUUCUGAUGAUUCAAUCCGUGAUUCAGAAAUGGAGAGACGUUCCGAAUUCUACAAUCAGACUUGGACUGAAGACGCCGUUGUCCGCUACUUAAACCGUAAUCAUGCUUCUGGUGCUGACCAUUCUGCAAGAAAAUAGGACUUGUCAGGCCAUUUUUUGGACAACAUAAACUAGGGGAUCUUAUAUAGAUAAUAAGCAUUCCAGUAAUCUGCUCAAGACCAUACAAGAGCAUAUAGUAUUUCAGCAGGGCUUGAAUGUUAGGGAUUUGUCAACUGCACCCGAAGAUGGAUAUUAAUGCUUUGAUUGUUAAUGGCUGGAGUAGAAUUCACAGUCUGUCAGCAUUUUGUAAUUAGCCAUUCUUGACUUUGUGGUGUUUUGUUUGAUGCAUGCUGGUGGAAUAGGAAAUUGUAACCAGAAGUUCUUUCUACUGAACUAAAUUGUAGUCCAACUUAUUGUGAUUGGUAGAAGCAGCUGAUAUCUACUUUAUCCUUUCAAUGGGAGGACAGACAAUUGGUACUGUGUGA